UAGCUGAUACAAAUUUUAGUAGUUUUUCUUUAGUCGUAUGAACGUCAACACUCGCCAUGGCUGGAAAAAGUUUAGCCGCGUUUGGCAUUCUCUUGACAAUAUGCUUAAUAUGGCAAGUAUCACAAGUAAAUGGAGCCAAUAUUUUGGGCAUCUUUACCAGCCACAGUACCUCACAUUUGAUUAUUCAUACGUCGGUGGCUAAAGUUCUGGCAGAAAGGGGACACAAUGUCACCAUAGUUGCGUCUCAAGAACCCAAAGUUAAGCAUGAUAAAAUAAACACAAUCAUCAUACCACCCAGCGCAGAAGUAGAGGAGUUGAUUGGUAAAGCCAUGAAAGGAAUGGCUACACAGAAAACUACCCUUUUCACUACUAUAGGCAACUUUUUCGGUUCUUUGAAACCCAUGAUCGAUAUGCAGGCUGACAUGCUGAAAGAUCCUCGCUUUACAGUUCUCUACGAGAAUCCUGAUACGAAAUUUGAUUUAGUUAUAAUGGGUUAUUUCAUGAACUCUUUUGUACUUGGUAUGGGUGCGAGAUUUAAGGCCCCUCUAGCAAUCAGUUGGAUGGGACCGCCAAUGGUUUUAAGUGAUGUAUUUGUGGGUAAUCCAAGUGAAGUAUCGUAUGUACCCGAUAUGAAUAUGUCUGUUAAAGUGGGUGAAAAAAUGACAUUCUUACAACGUCUACAGAAUUUAUUUAUGAAUAUGUUUUUGAGACUUAUUAAGCAGAUGUUGGACAUACGCAUGCGUAAUUUUUACAAUGAGCUGUAUCCUACUGAUGGUUCCUUCCCCACAUUAAGUGAUAUGGAAAAGAAUGUUUCUUUGAUAUUUUGCAAUAGCCAUUUCACUGAAGGCCCUAUUAGACCGAAUGUUCCAGCCGUUGUUGAAAUUGGUGGUAUUCAGGUUAAGGAUAAACCUGAACCCUUGCCACAGGACAUCGCCAAAUUCCUUGAUUCUGCCAAUGAAACCGGAGCCAUACUCUUCAGUUUGGGUUCCAAUCUAAAAGGUUCCAGCAUUAAACCCGAAACUACCACUCACAUAUUUAAUGUCUUGUCAAAACUAAAGCAGAAAGUUAUUUGGAAAUGGGAAGAUUUGAAUAAAACUCCUGGAAAAUCGCCCAAUAUUCUAUACAAAAAAUGGAUGCCACAAGAUGAUAUUUUGGCACAUCCCAAUCUCAAAUUGUUUAUCACACAUGCCGGUAAAGGUGGUGUAGCAGAGGCUCAAUAUCAUGGUGUUCCCAUGGUAGCUUUACCCGUUUUUGCCGAUCAGCAUGGUAAUGCUAAGAAAUUAGUGGAUGCUGGUUAUGGUAAAGAUUUGGAAUUAUUAAAAUUAACGGAGGAAUCUUUCUAUGCCGCCAUCAUUGAAGUUCUCAAUAAUCCUCAGUAUAAAGAAAAUGUACAAACGUUUUCAAAACUUUAUCGUGAUCGUCCCCUAACAGCACGCGAAAGUGUUGCCUUUUGGGCUGAAUAUGUGAUACGUCAUCAUGGUGCUGCCCAUAUGCAAAGUCCUUUGGUGCAUAUGACAACUAUAGAAUGUUUAAAUUUAGAUAUUUAUUUUCUUUUAUCAAUGAUCUUGUAUAUCGUUUAUAGAUUAUUAAAACUGUUAGUAUUAUUUGUAGUUUGUAAAUUGUGUAGAAAGUGUUCAAAAACUAGUACAAAGAAGGUCAUGAAAACUAAUAAGGUUAAAUCGCAAUAGAAUAUUAAUGUUAUGUACAAAUUUUAAUAAAAAUAUUAUGUACACUCUUA